AUAUUCCAUUUUUGGAUUCAAGGUCGGGUAAUUGAGCUGUGCCAGACGGACUGCACGUCGCUGCCGUCAGGUUCAUCAGGUUGCUUUUGACUCAUGGAAGGAGUAUUCUAGACAGUGCCAAAGAAACUAGCAGAGAACGCAUUCCAUUCUUUGCCUUAUGGUCAUCAUAGUUUUCUUUUAUGAUCUAUCGUCUUUUAUCGAAAGCGGCUGGCGUUCUUCACUCGCCUGUUCCUCAAUAUCUCCCGAUUUCCACCUCUGACGACCAGUUCUCUCUUGCUCAUCAACAUGUCGACUGGCAACGAGGCAACGGAACGAAGCUCCCUCCUGGGCCGUGAUCUUCCGCGACCAAAUGGAGUUGUCCAGGACCAUCCAAUCUUUCUUCGUGUAUGCCACGCGCCAUGGGGCUUCAUCAACCAGACCACUCUUGUUGUCCUCAGGGGCCUGAUUCUGAUCUACCUCACCAUUCUUGCACCCAUGCUUCUUGACUACAAACUCUACAAGCGGCAAGACGGCGACUCUCCUUGGCGCAUUGCCUUCCAAUUUUCGACCAUUGCCUUCAUUCUGUUGUGGCUCUAUCACUUGCUCGCCUUUUGCUGGAGCUACACGCACCUCUAUUAUCCCGAUAUCGAUGAGGAGCACAACACAUGGGAGUCGGUUCUGCUUCGCAAAAUGUCACCGCCCGAGCAGACAAUCACCUCGCGCAACCGGCUUCACUUCAGUUUGUAUUACACAGUGUCCCACGUAUUUGCCUUUAUGAACACCUUCAUCUUCUGGGUCUUUGUAGUGCCGCAUGGUCACGGCGAGUUACCCAAAGAAAGGCAAAGGGGCAGCGGCGAUGAUGCGGGGAGCCUCGAGGCCGGUGAUUUCUUUAGCCAUGGAUGGUUUGAACCUUUCUGUGUUAUAAACCUAUGGGGUUAUACAUCACUUCUCGCUCUCUUUGAGAUCAUGUUUCUGAACAGCAUCAAACGCCAGAUCCCUGUGCACACCCACAUCAUUGGCUUGGUAGUCUUGCUGUGUGCCUACCUUGGCUGGGCUGCCUUUGGGAAGCUCUUCAUCGGCCGUGCUCCUUACUUCUGGCUGGACCCUGAGAUUGUUAGGUACAGAGAACUCAUGUUUGGAUACUGCGCCUUGUUCGUGGCUCUGGGACCUGCAUUCUUUGCUUUUAUGUAUGGCCUCAUCAGCCUGCGUGAAGAACUGGCAGAGAAAUACGGCAGCCCAAGCCAGGACGCCACCCCAGAUGGCUCGCAGCAGGGAGAUCAGGAGUGAGAUGGAUAAGUUGGUUCGUGUUUUGAUGAGAGGAGACUUGCCACAGAACACGUCUGCAUGCAAUGGCAUGCCUUCACAUGAUUCUUCCGCCCUUGUUUUCUAUUAGCCUCGUUUUAUCACCACUUUAACAGCUGCUGGAACAGGCUCCUCUUUGCCGGCGAUGCUGUCCCCCCUAUUCGACGACUGCCCCUCAAAGCCACGUAUAUAGCCUAGAAAAGCAUCAAAUUUUCACAUACGUUGAGAACGAUUAUCCCGUGAUCGAGUCAUCACCCUUUCCAAAUAGAAGGCAUCACAAUCUUGAAACUACUUGUAAGCGUUGGAAUGGCC